GCGCGUCACCGGCGGCCUGGCAGCGGGCGGCGUUGGAGGCUUACGCGUCUGGACGUGGAGGAGUCGCGGAAUCGGGGCCUGCUGUCCGGGCAUGAGCUGAGGGCACCUCGCCGAGGCCACGAGUUUCACAUUUCCUCUGUGUUUCAGAGAUUUGAUGGAAGCAGAAACUAAAUCUCUUCCCCUGGAGAACGCAUCCAUCCUCUCGGAGGGCUCGCUGCAGGAAGGCCACCGGUUAUGGAUUGGCAACCUGGACCCCAAGAUCACAGAAUACCACCUCCUCAAGCUCCUCCAGAAGUUUGGCAAAGUGAAGCAGUUUGACUUCCUCUUCCACAAGUCAGGUGCCCUGGAGGGACAGCCUCGAGGAUACUGUUUUGUUAACUUUGAAACUAAACAGGAGGCAGAACAAGCCAUCCAAUGUCUCAAUGGCAAGCUGGCUCUGUCGAAGAAGCUGGUAGUGCGAUGGGCACACGCACAAGUAAAGAGAUACGAUCAUAACAAGAAUGAUAAGAUCCUUCCGAUUAGCCUGGAGCCAUCCUCCAGCACAGAGCCCGCUCAGUCUAACCUAAGUGUCACUGCGAAGAUCAAAGCCAUUGAAGCAAAGCUGAAAAUGAUGGCAGAAAAUCCUGAUGCAGAGUACCCAGCAGCGCCUGUUUAUUCCUACUUUAAACCACCAGAUAAAAAAAGGACUACUCCUUAUUCCAGAACAGCUUGGAAAUCUCGAAGAUGAUGGUUGUGAAUUACUAUAGCAGCAAAAGCAUAUUGGCCUCCACCUAUAAAGUCCUCUGCCUCUGUACCUUGUAGAUGUGAUUGGUACCAUUUGACAGAGCAGUCAUCUCUUAGUUUGGUAACAUAGCAUUUUUGGAUGUUCUUAUGAAUGUGUCGUCCCUGAAGUAUGUGUGGAAUUGAGCAUCAUCCAGAAUAAAUAGGAUUGUCUCCAAAACUUGUGAUUUGAAACACUGGGAUGCUCUAGUUGGCUGAUCUGUUUGGAUUUGUAACUCCAGAAACUUUACAUAGUGUGCCAGAGAGAAAAAGGCAAACAUGAAAAAUGUUGUUAUUCAAAUCAGGAAACCAAAUUUAUUAACAUCCCUCAAAAAAAAAAAAGGACUUGGAGCAUUUUUCUCAUGUCUUUACAACGUAAAGAAAAAGAAGUGGGAUGGGAAGUGAUGAAUUUUAAAUCAUGUUCUGAACUCUUUUGCAGAAUUUACUAUGAAAAUUCCUCCAGUUGGACUGGAGAAAGUUCUUGGCAAAAGAGAGCUGGUUCUUUGAGCAAACAUUGUAGUGAUCUGUUUAGAAUCAUGCCUGUUGUUUCAAAAUCCCAAUUAGGAAAACAUGGUGUGUGUCUUAAAAAAAACUGUUUGCAUCGACAAAACUGUAGAAUCAAAUUUAGCAUUUUAUACCACAGUGGAAAUUCUGUUUAGAAAUCCAACUUCUGUAGUGAUCAUUUUUAAAAAAUAUAUAAAUAACCCUGCCUUCUAUGAUACCAAAUGUUAUUAAUAUGGGACUUUUGAAAAAUAUACUUCACUGCAUGAGAUAAAAUGUUUUUAUAGCAUGAGACUGUUCAAUUUGAAAUUUACCAUGAUCAAUCUAAAUAGGAAAGCAAAAUUUCUUGGAAAAUCUCAACAUUGCUUAAAGCCACCAUCAAAUAUAAAUAUAGACUCUUUUCUAAUAAAGGAGUGUGACUGGUCCUGUGUAGGAUGAGGAAGGGACAUGCAGUGAGUCUAGACAGGCCAUGGAGCAGGCCCUGCUCUGGUGAUGAAGAGGGUUGCUUGUUGGAUAGGACAGCCUGUGUCCUCAGUAUUUUUGUUCCUUUGAACAUCCUCCACUCGGCAGAGUAGUGAGGGAAACCAGCCAACAGAUUUGGGUGAUUUCUUGGACUCGGUUGUGAUCUUCCUGGUGCCCGGUUUGGCAGACUUUGAUUUAGACAACACCACUGCUCUCUUAGCAGGAGAACCGUCUGUUACUCUGGGUGCCACUCAUGGUGAUCACAGACUUGACCACCCCUUACUACCAAACAAGAAGAAAGGGUGGCUCUAGGAACUUGAGCCUUGUGGGGUUUCAGAACUCACAGAAGUGGUUCAGAGAAAUUUGUAACGCUUUUCCCAAGGCUAAUCUUUUUAGAUAUCUUUAGAUAUAAGAUACUUUCUGCAUUUAUGAAUUGUGUUUAUUUUUGAUGCAAGUAUCUCCUUCCUUUUGGAGGAUAGUUCAGGAAGGUGGAGAAACUAGCCUUCAUCUUUCUGAUUGACUCCUUGGAGUAUGGAAUUCUCCAUUUUAUCCUAACUCCUCAAAAGGUCGUAGCGGAAUAGAACUCAAUGCAAAAUAGUCUUCUAUUUUUUAAUAGGAGCUUAGGAAAUAUUAGGCUUAGAAUUACAUAGACUUUUUCCUUUAGAAAGAAGAGGUAUUUAUUUGUAUUUAAAGUAAUGUUUAUUAUUUGUACUAUUUCUUAUUCCUUGGUGUGAAUAAAUGCAAGACAGCAA